CGUUUUAUGUGCAUAUUUCGUCACACAUUCAGAUAUAAAUGAGUUGUAUGUGAUCGCUGAAGUCUUCUGAAUUGCUUGUCAACAUAUCCAUUGAUUCCGAAGGCGACUAGUUCACUUAGAGAAGCAGAGAAGCCAACAAACCUACCAUGACCUCCACGGAGGCUUCAGCGCUGGCAUCUGCCCGCCGGCGUGCCCUGACAGUAGCGGUAAGCGCCCUGUGUACAGAGGGAGGGUUCGGCACUGCAGAGAAGGCAGCACUGGAGAGCUUAACAGAGAUGUUACAGAGUUAUAUCACAGAGAUGGGCAGGAGUGCCAAACAGUACUGUGAGCUGGCAGGUCGGACUGAGCCAAUGCUGACUGAUGUCACUGUGUCCCUCAUAGAAAUGGGUGCAGAUAUUGAAGGGCUGCCAGCUUAUGCCAGGAGGGCAAACCGCCUCACUAUGACCGCUCAGCCUCAGGCCAGGACACCGGGGAACCCUAAGGUGCUCCAGACGGGUACCAGGAAGCCGCACCCGUCUUACGUACCUGAACACCUGCCUGCCUUCCCCGACCCGCACACCUACAUCAGAACACCUACCUUCCGGCCUCCAGCGAGUGAUUAUCAGGUGAUUAGAGAAACGGCAGCGUCCCAGAGAAGAGACAUCGAGCGGGCGCUGACCAGGUUCAUCGCUAAAACUGGCGAUACUCAGAGCCUCUUUAAAGAUGACAAGAACUCCUUCCCACUGAUAGCACCGCACCCCCUGCCCGCCCCGUAUAUGCAGUCCCUCCUGGGUGCAGACAUGGACAUUACAGACGAGACGAGUGAUGAGGAAGCCAUGGACACAACCAGCACCUCCCAACACCAGACCGCUCCCUCCCAGACAGCAGGGACCAGGGAAAGUAAAGACACUCUAGGGGAGGGGAGGGGACAAGACUCCUCACAAGAUUUGUCUCAAGACCAGAGGAACCGAGAUUCCGACUCCAUCAUCGAUAAUCCGUUCUUACAGCCGGCGAGGAAACCACCGUUCCGCAGAAAACUUUCAGCAAAGUAACGUUAACACGCAAUAUAUAAAAUUCUUCUGCAGAAAACUUUCAGCGAAGAAACGUUAAGACAGUCACAUAAAAUUUCUGUGAAAAACAGGUAUUUUUUCCCUCAAUUCAAUGGUCAUAUUUUGUUUUCUAUCUGUAAAUAUCUGUUUAUAGCAGUAAUGUAAUGCUCAUAUAAAGACGAGGGAGGUGACUAUAUUUUUUUCUCAAUUUGAGGUCAAAUUAAUAUUUUUGGGGCUGAAUAUGUAGUUAGAGUGUUUUUAUUUGGCAAAGUAUUUGGGCUCCAUUUUGCAGAAAACUCUCAGUUAAGUACGAAGUAACACACAGGACAAGAGAAAUAUUUUGUGAACAUUUAUUACUAUGUAAAUUCAAAACCACACCAAUUUGAUUUCUUUGCUGUCAGAUCUUUAAAAAAUAAUUGGCCAUCAACAUGACAAUACAGUCUGGGGGUAGUCUGUGUCUUAGUUCACACAGUUUCAGGGAGUCAGAUGUAACGCUAGUUCACCUUUAUCUGUGGCGUAAACCUUUAUCCGUUGUCUUUAUAAACAGCACAAUUAGGAGUGUUAAGUCCGCUGACAGUGGUUUCAAAUUUGCAAUAUUUUCAAAGUGUUCCGAUUUUAAACCACCGUCUGUGGACUUUAUAUCCCUUUUUUUGUACAAACAACGAAUAUAGGUUACCCUCGGAUAAAGGUGAACCAGCGUUAAGUUUCCUCCCAGCCCUCUGUUUUCAUGAUGUCUGGUUGGUAGAAUUUCACAUAAAAGAAAACCAACCAUUUAAAUUGGUGUGGCUUUAGGGUGGUUUUCUUUUAGAAUACAGUGAGAUUUGCAUUUGUUUGUAAAAUAUUUUCUGAAAAUGUUACUUUUCAUCGUUGUAUUGCUAGUUGUGGAAACGACUGAAAAAUAUUGUAUUUUUUC